AUGACUUCAAAACGAGGUGGAAAUAUGUUGAAGCUAAAUAAAACUCAAGGUAGAGGGGGUGGAGCAAAAAAAUCCAAAGGAAAGAUGCCCAACGUCGGUGGUAACUCUAAUACAAGUCAAUCUGGACCGAUCCCUCAAUUAGAAAGAAUUGGGGGGUCAACGUCGCCAAAACCACGUCAAGGUGUUUCUUUAGAAGAGUUAGUAAAACGUACUGCACGUGCUAAUCGUUUUCGAGAUACUCUUGAUCCUUCACAGUUAUUAAGCGUAGGCGGUGUUGUACCUCAUGGACGAAAUUCAAUUGUUAAAAUUGAUGGAUCACCAAUUAAUCCUGUUGACGAUUUUUUUGAAGUACUUUCAAUUUAUCAUCAAACACAAAUGAUGAUCAAACAAGUCAAUAAUACUCUUCCAUUAGUAAGAAAAAAAUUAGCUUGGGAUUUUUUCCAUGACGAAACAUUACCAAUUCCUCUUAGUUCAUUAUACGAUAAAGAUGAUACUGAUAAAAGCAAGAGUUUUGUGGAAAUAGAAAAUGUUGAUUUUAUAAUGGAAGCUAGUAAAUUUCCUACUAAACCUAAGUCGUUAGAUCUUCCAACUUCUCCAAACUUUUUUGAUGUUGAAAUGGAGGAUGUAGAACGUUUUAUUGCCACAUCACCAGUUA